AUGAGUCUUACUGUAGAGAAACCACAUCUGUGCUCUGAGUGUGACAAAUGCUUUACAUAUAAAUCACAUCUUCUCAGACAUCAGAGGAAUCACACAGGAGAGAAACCACAUCUGUGCUCUGAGUGUGACAAAUGCUUUACAUAUAAAUCAGAGCUUCUCACACAUCAGAGGAGUCACACAGGAGAGAGACCAUUUACAUGUUCUGAAUGCAGCAAGUGUUUUACCCGAAAGUCACAUCUUGUUGAACAUCAGAGGAGUCACACAGGAGAGAGACCAUUUACAUGUUCUGAAUGUAGCAAAUGUUUUACCAUAAAGUCACAUCUUGUUAUACAUCAGAGAAGUCACACAGGAGAGAGACCAUUUACAUGUUCUGAAUGCAGUAAGUGUUUUUACCUAAAGGCAAAUCUUGUUGUACAUCAGAGGAGUCACACAGGAGAGAGACCAUUUCAAUGCUCUGAAUGCAGCAAGUGUUUUAGCCAAAGGUCACAUCUUGUUAAACAUAAGGAGUCUCACAUUAGAGGAACCAUAUAA